AUGGACCUGUCAGAUCACCAAAUCUGCGAUCUAGAGCGGUUCCACGAAGCCAAGCUCAUUGAGCCGCUGGGCGGGAGCCCCAGGAGACUCUUCACGGCAGCGCCGGCGCUCUCCCAGACCUCGACACGCACGCACUCAACCGACGACUCCGCGAAAAGGAAACCCCGGAAAACCACCGAAAUGACGUCGAUAGGCUUCAAGGAGAUCGACAUGUCGGUCAGCACCGUCCUCGCCAUCAGCCCAUCGGAUCACCUGGCCAUCACGAUCGUGGGCGUCGCCUGGGCGAGCACAGCCUACGCCCUCGGCAUGAUAUGGACGGCUUUGGCCCUCAUCGACCGGUGGAGGGGCACCCACGGUGAAGGGAACAUCAACUUCGUGUCGGUCAUCGCGGCGCUCGUCAUGGCCGCUGCGUGGCCCGUUGUGCUCGUGGCAAUCAUUGUCAUGUAG